UAUUGCUUUUGCGGUAUGGGGGCCAUGGCCAAUGCGCAGGUCUCGCCAUCCAUCAGGCUUCCAUUCCACCAAAAUCUAUGCUGACCACAUUCCCUUAUUACUCUUCCACACAUCACAUGGACCGCCAUUCUCACCUCACACAGACCUUUUGCCGUCGUACUCCAAGGUUUCUUCAAUUCUGGGUGCUCGGAAUCAUGCAUUGAUUCGACCUCCUUACAUCUGUGCUCUCACCCCAUGUCACUCAUUUGAAGAACCUGCUUCCCACCCUCCUGCCUGCCCCUCCUCUGGUCACUCGUUCCUACCAGCAAGCCGCUCGCCCAGUCACUCAUUUAUACAGUCCAUCAACGCGUCACACUUCUCUGGCUCUUCGAUACAGCGACCUGUUUAGACUAUACACUCAAUUGCCCGCCAAAUGGCCGUCCAAGGUAUGAGAAAUAUCCCCGAACAACACUCGACCAGCGCUUGCUAAACAAUGUACGCAGACGGUAUUUCCACCAUCUAUGGUGUUCCCACCAAAUAUGUCUCGCUUUUGACCCUCGUUGUUCAAAACUCCUCCUUGGUCCUUGUAAUGCGAUACUCCCGAAUCCUACCCGGCCCGAGAUACCUCAGUUCAACGGCCGUUGUUCUUUCAGAACUUCUCAAAUGUAUAAUAUGCCUAUACGUCCACAUCAAAGAACAGCGAUCCCAACUCCAAUCUUCAGUACUUCCUACCCUCUCAAACGAUACCAACCCGUCAUCAACGACAUACAGCAUGCGUCAGCUUUGGAACGAUGUAUUCAGUAUCAAAGCUGGCUUCUUUAAACUUCUGGUGCCUGCCAUACUAUACACGAUACAGAAUAACCUGCAGUUUGUUGCGGCGACGAACUUGGACGCCGCUACCUUCCAGGUCACAUACCAGUGCAAGAUCUUGACCACCGCUCUGUUUGCUGUAUUGAUGCUGGGUCAGACUCUGUCGCCUAAGAAGUGGUUGUCCCUGGUCAUUCUUACAGCCGGCGUUGCUUGCGUUCAGAUUCCCACUACGGGCGGUGCCACAACCACGACUCAGGAAGGGAACUACACGCUUGGCAUAAUUGCGGUGGCAAUUGCCUGUCUUUGCUCCGGUUUUGCUGGUGUAUAUUUCGAACGAGUUCUCAAAGGCGGUCAAUCCGCUUCUAUUUGGGUACGCAACAUCCAACUCAGUGUCGGUUGCCUGGCGAUAGCACUCUUCGGCUGCCUUAUGUGGGAUGGCCAAGCUAUCGCUCAAGGUGGUUUCUUCCAAGGCUACAACUUCAUCGUCCUUCUCACAGUCUGCACUCAAGCUGCAGGAGGGCUCAUCGUGGCCAUGGUCAUCAAAUAUGCCGACAACAUCCUCAAAGGCUUUGCAACUUCUCUAUCCAUCAUCCUUUCGACUGUCGCUUCAAUCUUCCUCUUCAACUUUGUGCCUACAAUCUACUUCUUGAUUGGGUCCAUCUUCGUUUUCAUGGCGACCUAUCUUUACAGCAUGCCUGACGCACCCAAAGUUAUCGACCUUUCUGCCAUCAACGAGAAAGGACCUAUGCUCAAGCUCGAGGAUUACGACAGCGAAGGAGAGACUGAAUCUUCACCGGCUCGAUCGUCUUUCAGAGAUGAGAGUGAUCUUGAAUCAGCUGAUGACGACCGCCAUUCCACUCUUAGUGUCUACGGUCAGGAUGACGGGACGCAAAGCCGGAACUUUUCUCCUUCUCUGAUCUCCGCAACUACGAUGGAAAAACAAGUGCUCCCCGAGCUAGGCCAUGUUGCAUAGAGUUGUUGCAUUUGUGAGCAUUAUUUGUACGGCUAAAAAGAUUUUAUGAUUACUGGAUUGGAUAUUGUCGACCCCAGAGACCGGUCCAUAUCGACUAGCGAGGAGUACGGCGUGCUUUGGACCCCUUUUGGUGACUGAUGGGUUGUCAUUUGUCGAAUCACUUUACGAUU